CACUCUCUCAGUGACAGCUGCUGGCUUUGGACUCGAUUGAGAAGAAUAUUCUGCUGCAGUCUAACUUGCUAAAAAUGUCCAGCUCGGACUGUCUUCCUGACUACCCGCUCAACUCCGAUCUGGUGAAGAGAUUAAAGUCCUCCCUGGAAGCCAGGGAUGAGAAGGCAGUGCUGGAUUUGAUCUGUACUGAAGUGAAGCAUGUGAAUGCUAUUAUUGAACUAGCCAAUGAUGACUGGAUGAAAGAGCCCGAUGAGCCUCUUCCUGCUCCUGUGGACCAGUACCACACAGCCCUGGUCAUGGGCGACCUGGGCAGCCUCCAGCCACUGAUGGCCCAACACUAUGGAGAUGCCAAUGUGGUCUUUGAGAUCCAUAAGAAUGAAAUGGAAUGGCGGGUGAAAUCUCCAGCCACUUUUGGACUAUCAGGUCUCUGGUCCCUGGAGUAUAAGAGAGAGCUCACCAACCCUCUGUGCAUCACGGCCAGCCAUGGCCACACGGACUGUGUGCGCCACCUGCUCCGCUGGGACGCUGAUGUUAACGCAGCUCCAGGUGGGCAGAGUGCCCUGCACGAAGCCUGCCGAGGAGGUCACACGGCCUGCGCAGAGCUGCUCCUGGAGCACCGAGCUAACCCCGACCUGCCGAGCGAGGAGGGCCUGACUCCGCUGCACCUGUGCACCUCCCCAGACACUCUCGGAUGUGCCCAGCUGCUUGUAAAACAUGGUGCCCUGGUAAACCAAGCAAGCAGCGAGGGCCAGGAGAGCCCUCUUCACAUUGCAGCAAAACAUGGCCUCAGGGAUCAUACCCUUCUGUACCUACAACAUGGGGCCAGGGUGGACAAUAGGAACAGCCGUGAAGAGACCCCCCUCAGCGUGGCUUGUGGCCGAGCCCAGGAGCCCUACGAGCAGGAGCGCUACCUGGAGGUGUGCCGCCUGCUAUUACGCCACGGUGCAGAUGCCAACGCCACCGACGAGGAAGAGAAGAGUCCCCUCCACAAAGCCUGCAAGAACGCCAGCUACCUCCUGGUGCAGCUCCUGCUACAGAACCAAGCCAAGGUGAACGUUUUUGACUACAACGGUACCUCCCCCAUGGCCUGUGUUCUUCAGAGUGCCUCCUUCAAGAGGGAGUGCAGACCCCACAGGACCGUGCAAAUGCUCCUCAACCAUGGCUCCCAGAGGAUCUGGCCGGGGGCUUUUGAGAAGGUCCUGAAGUCUUGUGCAUCCACCCCAGAAGUCAUUGGGAUCCUUUUCAACUCCUACUCCAAGCUCCGGGUCUCAGAGAAAUGGAGAGAAGUAAUUCCCGAGGAUGUGUUUCAGAUGCACCAGCCUUUUUACCAGUCUCUCUUCAUGCUCUCCCAAACCCCGAGGUGUCUGCAGCAUCUGUGUCGCUGUGUGGUCCGCAAGCACCUUGGCAGCAAGUGCUGGUCCUGCAUCCCCCAGCUGCCGGUACCAGAACCUCUGAAGCAUUAUCUCCUGCUGGAGCCAGAGGCCUUGUUGCUCUGAGUGGCCAGAGGGAUCCUGGGCCACUGAGGCUGAGGAGCCUAUGGUUAAAUCGCUUUCAUUUCCAAGCUCUUGUCACAGCCCCUGGAGUGGUCAGGACCCUCAAGAUGGGCUGACAGCUCACAAGCCACCCCCUCCCCAGCUCCUUAAGAUGCCACUACCCAAAGCAGCUACAAAUGGGCAUUUACAUGAGGAAGAGAAAAGCCAUUGAUCCAUCCACAACUUGAUGACCGCUUACUAUUCGCUAGGCAAGGUGCUGGAGACACAAAGAAACAGUGUCUGUCCUCAAGGAGCUAAUAUUCUACCGAGAGGAAGCAACAUGUAAAUCCUCAGGUCUAGACAAGCUUCGCAAGCUCACUGGAAAAAGAGGGUCUCUGGGGAGGGAGGGAGGGGGUCAGGUCCUAAACUGGCAAAGUUUGGCUUAUGAGUCACAGACCUGAAAUUGUCAGGCCUGCCUUCAUGAGAUACAGACUCUAAAUCUGAGGCUGAAGUGACACUGGCCCUUAUUUAAAGAGUCCUGAACAGUAAUAAUCUCCGACAUUUAUCCAGCCCUCUUGGCUUAGCAAAGUGUGGGACACACAUUCUCACAACCACCCUGUGAGCUCAAUGCCAUUACUCUGGCCACUUUACAGAAGAGGAAACUGAGGUCCAUUAGUGAAACACAUUAUUUCAUUGUUAGCACCAGGCCUCCUGACUCCCAGUCCUGCCCUUGCUCCAUCCCAACAGGCACUUGGAGCUCUCCUUAGCCACAGCUUUCAUCACAUCUAUGCUUUUUCCCCCAAAUCUUGGUGAUUCCCUCUGGUCUGUCCUUGCUCUUGUAAGACCCAGAAAAAGAUUGAACAGGGGUCCCAGAUAACAAAGACCAGACAGCUCAGCUGCCCCACUAACAUUGGCCAAUGGCAAGCCUACGUUGCCUAGCCAAAAUUAAAGGGAGAACCUGAAUCCACUUCCAUUCAACAAGCAUUUAAUAAAUGCUUACUCUGUCACAGCCCUUGAGGCAGAGGGCCUCCAACCCACACUGGCUGGGCAAAUUUCUUAACCUCUCAAUAUUCUAGAGCCUCUCCAAAACAAUUAAGGGUGGGGGGGCUGCUUUGGUGGAAGGAGGGAGUUCCCUGUACCACAGAAAUUACUUAGACCAAGCCCCUUUUAACAACAAAAUGAGGGUCGCUGAGGUGGGUUGACGCACCCAGGGACCCAAAGCUAAAAAAUGGAAUUUAAGCCCAUGGUUUUCAUCUUCAAGCCUAGUGCUCAAGUCGUUCCAAGAGAGGGCAGGAGAUCUGUGGUGUGGAGGAGACAGACGGACAAAUCCCCCAGCCCGAAGUUCUUACUGGAGGAAUGUUUGUGAGUUGUCAGAGGGCAGGGCCUCUCAUGCUCCCAUAUGGAGCCCUAGAACCUUGGCCAGUGCCUGGCACAGAGGAGGUGCUUAAUAAAUGCCCAUGGAUGCAUUGAAGGAAGUUACGGGCUGAGAGGAGGAAGUGCAUUCUAGGCAUAGGGAUUGUGUACGCAAAGACAUGGGGGCUGGAAAUCAAAUGAUGAAUGAUCAGUCAAUUUGGCAAGAGUGUAGAAUCUGGUCAAAACAAGUUUGGUGUGAUCUGCAUUACAUGAAAAGCUUAUUGCAGCAUCUGUGAGAUAGUGUGGUUCUUUUACAGGAAGCAGAAUGUAAGAUGAGCCAAUGUGAACAGUCCGAAGGGUUUGUGUUUGCUCCCACAAGCACUAGGGAAGUUGUUUGGGCAGAAAAGUACUCCCUCUGUGUGUCAGGCUUUGUGCUGGCUCAUAGCUGGACUUCUUCCAAAGCAAAUGAAGUCCCUGCCCUCAGGAAGUUUAUGGUCUAAUGGGGAAGCAAUGUAGAAAUAGAUUGAUAAUCUGGAGGAAGCUGGGGAGCUUAAGGAGAACACCUGGGUAAAGACUGGGAGCUGGAGAUGGGAUGCUACAGAUGGAUGAUGGCUUUCCAUGGCAAGCUAACUCAACUCAACCCAUCCCUGAGGUUAUUAAGCCCCUACUCUGUGCUGAACACCGUCUCAGCCCUGGGGACACAGAACUCAAAAUGAACUCGUCCUCCCCUUCAAGGAACCAACGUUAUAUUGCAGCAGGGGCAGAGCAAAAAAGCACCAUUGCAAGGGCUGAGUGCAGAUCCUGCUCCUAGCCUUGGACAUCACUUCCUUUGUCUGGGUCUUCCCCUAUAAAAUGAAGGACUUAGACUAGAUGCCUUCAAGGUCCUUGCCAGCUUUACAGCUGUAUGUACCAAAGUGCAUUGAGGAAGGACAGAGAGAAACAUGGAGGACUUCACUGAGAGGUGACACUUAAAGGAAACUGAAACUUCUGAUAGGUAUAGCUCACAUUCAUAUGGAGAGUUAAAGUUUAGAAAUCACUUUACAAAUAUUAUUUCAUGUUAUCCUUAAAGCAGUCCUGAGAGAUAGAUACUAUUAUUAUGCCCAUUUUACAGAUGAGGAAACUGAAGCAGACAAAGGAUAAGUGCCAUAUUUUGUCUUAUAGCUAGUAAGUAUCUGAGGCAGGAUUUGAACUCAGGUUUUCCUGGCUCUACGAGUGCUUGAACAACUCAGUUGCCUGAAAAGUGAAGGAAGAGGCAAAAAGUGAACAUCAGGUAUGAGUUGUGGAAAUCCAUGAAGGCAAAUUUAGGGAACUGAUAGUAUUCUACUAAGGUUGAGCCAAAUACCCAAUAACAUGACUCCUUUCUCAUGGAAAUCUUUCUUUCUAGCUAUAUGCAAAGCUGCUUUGGGUGGUGACCAUUGGUCAAUCUCUCAACUGGUUCUCAUCCCCAAAUCAUCCAACUCAAAAAGCACCAGGAUAGAGAAAGUUCAACUCUCCAAAAGGUGACUCAACAUAAUCAAACACAACUGUCUUUUAAAGCAGAGCACUGACAACCCAAACACUGUAAACACAUUUCCCAAACAUGAUGAUAUAUCCUUCAUAGUCCCACUCUUGAAACUCUUCCAAACUUAGCUGGUCUUACCUCUUGGUGCAGCUGGUAUCUCCCCCAGGACAGGUCCUUAGGCAAAAGCGUUUUCCACACAAUACUCAUAGUUCUGCUAUAACUUGUUAACUUCUCUCUGGGCUUCAGUCUUCAUUUGUGAGAUGAAGGGGAGUAGACUGAGUGACCUCUGAGAUUCCUUCCAGUUCAAACUAGAGAAUCCUAUGAAUCCGUUCCUAAGAAGGGUAAAGUAUUAAAUACCUAACACUUUGGUAUCAGAUUUUCCCCUUUCCAUUCACAGAAGAUUCCACAUCUAAUAACAAGAGCCACUGAAAAAAUGGGGAAGGGGAAUAGCAAGAGGUUGCUGGAGGUAAAAGAUUUCUGCUUCACCUGGAGUCAACUCUGUCAAAUCAAAAUGAAUAGUAAAGGAAGCCACCUCACACUGGAUAAGAGCACUGGACUUAUACUCAGGAAGACCUAAAUUCAAAUCCUGCCUUAAAGAUUUAUUAGCUGUAUGACCCUGGCCAGUAACUUAACCUGUUUGCCUCAGUUUCUGUAUUUAUAGAAUAGGGAUAAUAGCAACCUCUAUCUUUCAGGUUGUCCUGAGCAUCAAGUGAACGAUAUAUUUAAAGGGAUUUGCAAAUGUUAAGACCAUAGAUCAUUGUUAGUUAUUCAUUGUUAUAAGUCAGCAAAUUGAAGGUGACCAACCAACCGUCUCCUUUCUUGCUAUUUGUGCCUUACCAGUCAAUCUGUUUCUGUCUGGAAGUCCUGAACAAGAGCAGGAUUGACUAAAAUGAAAAAAUUGUGCCUUCCCUCCCCAGCCAUCCUGCCAUAGUCACGGGGCUCACAAAACAUCAGGUUGGCUCUGCCAUGUUUGACUGAAUGGCUGGAGACAUGUGCCCUCCCCUACCAUUGUCCCUCCACUACCACUCAUAGAUGUGAAACUCAUAAGAUUGUAGAUUUUAUAUGUCAACUGAGAAUCAUCCAAUGUAACCUUCUCAUUUUACAAAGAGGAACCUGAUGCAUAGAAAAAUUGACAUCGCUGGUUAAUAUCAGCAUUGGGAUAUUAUCAGUCAGUAGCUUGAUAGCCCUUAUAAACUAGAGAGGAAUUCUACUCAUCCCAGAACAUAACAAUCAUUCACCACAUGUGAUCGAUGGUCUGGUCACCAGAGAAGGUCCAAACACACAUCAACAUCCCUACUACCCAGUCCAAGGGAGACUGGCCACCAAUAAUAAUCAGACAUAUUUGGACAUGGCCACUGCAUAAGAGAUGUCUAGACUUGAAUACUAGCUCCUUGAAGGCAGACACUGUUUCUUUUUUGUCUUUGUAUUCUUGAUGACUGGCACGAAAUAGGGACUUUUUGAAUGAAAUGAAAUGCAAUCGAAUACAUGGUCCAUCCUAGGGAAGGAACCUUUCUGCCUGGGUUGAGAUGAAUUAGGAAGGAAAGAUAGCAGGGAAUUAGUUUUUACUCUUUUGUCCUUACUUUGAUUGACGCAAAAUAUGAUUGUGUUUUCAUUAAUUUAGAAAAAAAGGUAAAAGAUAGCCAUGGGAAAAUGAGAAAUCCAAAGAUUAGUGAAUCCUUUAUACAGAAAUGGAAAAUGACCACAGGUGAUCCACUCUGAGUAUCCCAUUGAAACCUGUGGCCAAAUAGAAGUGACUGCUUCAAGGCAGUGAGGCUGGAUGGUUCUCUGCCCCAGGAGCUCUUGUCCCUGAUCCAUCUUUGUCCCUUGAAAUUCUGAUCUUGGGAAAUUAGUCACAUUUGAAAAAGCUGGCAGUAAUCCUAACAGAACAAGACAUCCUUUAACUAAGGUUAUCUUGCAUGUCGAGGAUAUUAAUGGCCACAUUUCUGGCCUUUUCAUACUUAAAAGGAUGUACAGAGAGGAAGGGCAGUGCAGUGAUAAGGACAUUUAAUUUCUGUAAUCAGAAGACCUGGGUCUAAAUUCUGGUUCAUGACUUACAAGCUUUCUUAUCUUAAAUCCCCUUCUCCCUCUCUGGGUCUCAGUUUCUUUCUUUGUAAAAUGGAAGGAAAAAUUAUAAUACAAAAAAAGGAAAGGGUUGAAUUUCAUGAUUUCUGAGGUCUCAUUCUACUAUAAUGUCAUUCAAUAUCAGUAGAACUGUGGAAUUCUAAGCUCCCUUGGAGGGGUCUCAGCUACAUUGAUGAUGCUUUAGGUUGUGUUAAAAGUGUUAAAACUCCCAGAAUCCAGAGAGGCGUUCAUAAAUUUGGUCCCAGUACCAGUUGUUAUGUUCCAGGCCAUUAUAAUAGCCUUUUAAAGUUUAAUUCCCAUUUUUCUCCUAGAAUGAAAGCAACUAAGGGUCAGUAGGCAGCCUGUGCCUAAGGAUCUUUUAUGACCUUGGCCGGAUGCCUACAUCAAACUCCACUGGCCCUUGGCCCCAUUCCCUUGCCUUCUUCUGGGAUACCCCUCCCUACCCUAGUCCCAUAAGAAAGCAGGAGGCAAGAGAGCUGGAAUCUCUGGGAAGCCUCCAUCACGCCAACCCAGAUGCCAGCAUCUGGGCCAAAGCACCAUAGUUCAUUCUGGUAUAACUGCAAUGGACAGGGAAUAACAGAAAUCUUGUAUAGAAACCUUACAUAACUGAAUGACUGAAAGGAAAAUUAGAAACGUGGGAAGGAAGUUGGCCCGCAAAAUACUGGGCCCCGCUCACUGUGUGCAGAGAGGAGUUAUGAUAACAUCAACUGCAAAGCUCUGAGCUCUCACGGACAGUGUAAGGAAUAAAAGGUAACAACAUGGCACAUUUACUGUCACUUAGCCUGUCCAAUUUGCUUCCAAUUAAAUCACUUUCCAGGCAGCGGCCCCUGAAUAGGAUUCUAUCCCUACUUCCAAUCUGUACCUCUCUCUUUUUUUUAAUCCAGAGCCUUUAAUCCUCAGCCUUUUCUACUAGAUUUAUUUCAAGAUGGCGCCAAGAUACCUGGAGUCGGUAAUGAAAGUUGGAUUUGUCUUGAAAACAUGACUAACACCUCUCCGUUUAAGACAAGUUUUCCCUCCAUUGGUUUAUUUGUUUUUUAAAGCAGUCCCGGACAAACCCAAUCUUUUUAACGGGUACUUAUCCCUGCGAGAUCCUCCAGGUGGCGCCAUGUGCCCAACAGUCUUCCCACGGUCUAGCACGAAUAUUGGGUUUUACCCAGAAUCAGAAGGGGAAAAAGAGAGGAGAGGAAGACAGGAGAGUGAAGAACUCGGGUUCUGGCUUUGUACUCCCCCCGUGGGGAGAGCGGGGAGAAAGCCCCAAACAAAGCAAGAACGGCAUCCUGCCAAAGUAGACCCCCGCCUAAGCCAAUGGCCUCCGGGCAAAGAGGCAGUGGUCCAAGUAUUGCUGAUGGGAUGCAGCGCCCGCCCUUCCUCGUAUAAUCGGGCAGAUUUGGAGACUGCGUUUACACAUGAAUGCAGUGUGAAGUCGGCUCCCUUUUAGGUGAUGCCGUAUUGGAAGGGUUUUCCCGCAAAAACAAAACAACAACAAAAGAAAGAAAGAAAAAUUAAAGGGAAAACAAAAGCAAAAACAAACGCGAUCCCCAGAGCCCAGUCCCUGUUGCCCCUGCUCCAGCCUCCUCUGGAGCUGGCAGAGACGAGUGGCGAGACAGGGUGGUGACGAGAUGGCUUCGCGGGGCUGCCGAUCCCGCCGCGGCUGCAGCCCUAAGGCUCCGAUCAAAACAAGGCGAUUUCGUUGUAAUAUAAUUUGUGAGCAAUAAACGUGAUUGAGAAUG